AGCAAAGUCACAGACUGUCAUUGCUUCCUUUAAAUUGUCUUUCUUUUCUUCGCUUAGCUGCACGUGUAGACGCGGUCGACUUGCUUAGCAUCCAAUAAAAUUAAUAGGUCUAACCUAUCAGCAUAAUGCCGUCAGACGCAAAGAAACGUGCGCAACAAAAGAAAAAGGAGCAGGCGAGUAAUAGGAACAAAAAGCCCGUGGCAAGAGUAACUAAUGAGGAAACGAAUGGAUCUAUCAAUGGUACGACGAAAGAAGACCGCGAGCUCACGGCUGAAGAGGCACUAUGCUUAAAAUUAGAAGCUGAAGCCAAAAUGAAUUCCGAAGCUCGGUCUUGUACGGGUUCGCUUGCUGUUCACCCUCGUUCUAGGGAUAUCAAGAUAGACAAUUUUUCCAUCACUUUCUAUGGUAGUGAACUAUUGCAGGAUACUUUACUUGAACUUAAUUGUGGUAGAAGAUAUGGUCUUGUUGGACUGAAUGGAUGCGGCAAGUCAUCACUAUUGUCUGUGCUCGGACGUCGUGAAGUGCCUAUACCUCAACACAUUGAUAUAUUUCAUUUGACCCGUGAAAUGCCCGCCUCUGAUAAAACUGCCCUGCAGUGUGUAAUGGAGGUGGAUGAAGAACGGAUUCAAUUAGAAAAACUUGCAGAGGAGCUGGCCCAAAGUGAUGAUGACGAGUCACAGGAGCAGUUGCUGGACGUGUACGACCGUCUGGAUGACCUAAGCGCGGACACGGCGGAAGCACGCGCCGCUCAUAUUCUACAUGGUCUUGGUUUCUCUAAGGAAAUGCAGCAGAAAGCUACUAAAGACUUCUCCGGAGGUUGGCGUAUGCGUAUCGCGUUAGCUCGUGCGCUAUACGUGAAGCCUCACUUGUUGCUUCUGGAUGAGCCGACCAAUCACCUCGACCUCGACGCGUGCGUCUGGCUCGAGGAGGAACUUAAACAGUACAAGAGGAUUCUAGUACUUAUAUCGCACUCUCAGGACUUUCUAAAUGGAGUGUGCACAAACAUCAUCCACAUGAGCAAGAGACGGCUUAAGUAUUACACGGGUAACUAUGAAGCAUUUGUGAGGACACGCAUGGAACUGCUCGAGAAUCAGAUGAAGCAGUAUAACUGGGAACAGGAUCAGAUCGCUCAUAUGAAGAAUUAUAUCGCACGGUUUGGUCACGGUUCUGCCAAAUUGGCUCGUCAAGCUCAGUCCAAGGAGAAGACACUAGCAAAGAUGGUUGCUCAAGGUUUAACUGAAAAAGUAAUAGAUGACAAGACACUGAACUUUUAUUUUCCUUCUUGUGGAAAAGUCCCACCACCUGUUAUUAUGGUCCAGAAUGUAUCAUUUAGGUAUACUGAUACUGGACCGUGGAUUUACAAAAACCUGGAGUUUGGUAUUGAUCUUGAUACCAGGCUUGCUCUAGUGGGACCCAAUGGUGCUGGAAAAUCAACACUACUUAAACUGUUGUAUGGUGAUUUGGUACCAACAACAGGGAUGAUCCGUAAGAACUCUCACUUGAGGAUUGGUCGUUACCACCAACACUUGCACGAACUGCUGGAUCUUGAUCUUUCUCCACUUGACUAUAUGCUCAAAGAAUUCCCGGAGGUGCGGGAGAGAGAAGAGAUGAGAAAGAUCAUUGGACGUUACGGACUGACUGGUAGACAACAGGUGUGUCCAAUGCGGCAGCUGUCAGACGGUCAGCGUUGCCGAGUUGUGUUCGCUUGGCUCGCGUGGCAAACACCACACUUGUUACUGCUUGACGAACCCACCAAUCACUUGGAUAUGGAAACUAUUGAUGCUUUAGCUGACGCGAUCAACGACUUCGACGGUGGCAUGGUGCUGGUCAGUCACGACUUCAGACUGAUCAACCAGGUGGCUGAAGAAAUUUGGAUCUGCGAAAAUGGUACCGUUACAAAGUGGCAAGGAGGUAUUCUCAAGUACAAGGACCACCUCAAGUCGAAAAUCCUACAAGACAAUGCAGACAAUACUGCUAAGUUUCGCAAAUAAAGCAAGAACAUAGAUAAAUGAAUAUGAACACUUAGAUAUUUUUGUGUGACACGCGUAAUAAAACUUUAUUUUACGCUUAACUUGUAUUUGUUAAUCACUACAACACGUUUCACGAUCUCUAAUCACAAAAGUCUUACAAAAUAUAGUAGUGUUUUGUAACUAAAUAUAAUUGUAUUAAUUUUGACCAACAAUAGUGGAUUUAUAAUUAGUAUUGAAUAAUUUAACAUGCAUGUAUUUAAAAUCAGUAUAACGACAGAAAUUGUAGGUUUCAUUCCAAGUAUUUUAUUUUGUUGUCAUGUCGUCAGUGUCGUAAAGGUUUUUAUAAAAAAUAAAUAAAUAUUCACCCAUAUGAUUUUGAUAGAAUGUUAGUUUUUGAUAUUUGUAAGUGGCUAAUUUGUAUUAUUAUAAAAUUUUCAUGAAUAAGUUAAGAAGCUAUUUAUAUUUGAUUUCGUUUAUUAUUUCACCGUCGAUGGACACCAGACGCGAUAUGUCACCUAGAGCCAACUGGUAAAUGUGUAACCAAAUAUAUCGUAAAAAGUAGUGAUAUCCGCUUUGUCAUAUCGAUAAUUUAAUUGACAAUCACGUCUACGUUAUGUUUAUAUUUAUGAAUUUCUGAAUAUAAAAUAACAUAUUAAAUAUGUC